GUGAGCCCGAGAAGAGGGACCGGCUCCCCGCCGUCCCGCCAGAGGGAUUACCCUGCGCCCCACUUAACACCUCCACUCCGAAAGGGGGAAAUUGCCGGGAACUGCGUGACAGCGUGCUCCAUUUGGCGUCAGGAUGUUGGCCUGGGUCCACAAAGUGCUGCCUCAGCCCCCGGGGACCCCUCAGAAGACCAAGAUGCAGGAAGAAGAGGAAGUAGAAGCAGAGCCAGAGCCGGUGCUGGAGCCAGAGGCAGAGCCAGAGCCUGAGCCUGAAGCAGCCCCUGAGAAGGCCGAGCCAGAGGGCGAGUCCAUGCCAUCUGAAGGACCAUCUCAUGGGGAGCAAGUGACUGCAGCUGACCCUGGCCUUCAAGAGACCCAGGAGGCUGCCCCUCCUCCGCCCACAGCCCUCCAGGCCCAGGUCACAGUGAUUCCCGUUGUGAACAGCUCCAGCAGCUGGGUGCCAACCUGGCUCAGGAAGGGUGUCGAGAAGGUUGUGCCGCAGCCUGUGUUCAGCAGCCGGACAGGCCAGGAUGCUGCUGCCGACACAGGGCCUCCAGCUCAGGAUGGAGCACCGGUCACUGGGCCCUGCAGCACCGCGGACACAGAUGGACCUAGUGGGGACCCCAGAGCCCAAGACGCCUGGUCUGGCCCGUGGCUGCUCAGGUGGCUUGAGCAGAAUCUGGAGAAAGUGCUGCCUCAGCCUCCAAAACUCUCGGAGGGUUGUGGAGCUGAACCUGCAGAUGCUGUCUUGGACCCAGAACCUCCAGGACCCGCCGUGGAGAUGGAGCCCACCGAGAGCCCCUCCCUGCCCAGUCCUGGGCCCCUGGAGCCUGAGGUGGAGCCGGCUGUAGAGCCUCAGCCCAGCCUCCAGGCCUCCUCCUUACCACCCCCCGGGGACCCUGCCAGGUUGAUAGCGUGGAUCCUGCACAGGCUGGAGAUGGCCCUGCCGCAGCCGGUGCUCCACGGGAAAGCUGCGGAGCAGGACCCUGGUUCCCCUGGAACUUGCGACGUGCAGACCAUCAGCAUCCUCCCCACGGAGCAGGGGGAGCCUGACCUCAUCCUUGAAGAGGUUGACCCUAACUGGGAGGACGCUGAGCAGGAUGGCAGAACCAGCCCACAGGGGUCGGAGACAGCUCCUGUGUAUAAGGAAGAGAACGAGGCUGUGGUGGAAAUGCCCAGGGAGCUGCCCUUGAUUCAAGAGGAAAAAGAAGAGGAGGAGGACGGCGAGGAGGACGGCGAGGAGGAGAAGGAGGAGAAUGUCCUGCUGGAUAGCUGUUUGGUGGCACAGACGGGUGUGGACCAGAGUGACGCAGACGGGACCCAGUGCUGGAAGGCCUCGCUGCAGGAGACGCAGGAGGAGGCCGUGGCUUCCUCUCCCCAAGUGCCUGCCACGGAAGAGCAUCCCGAAGUACAGGUGGAAGACACCGAUGCCGACAGCUGUCCCCUCAUCAAGGAGGAGAAGCCGCCUUCGCCUGCCCAAUCCAACACUCUCAGUGUCCCAGGCUCGGCUGCAGGGGUGCACAGGAAGAAGCUGCCCUCACAGGGUGAUGAGGCUGAAGAGCUCAAGGCGCUGUCACCAGCCGAGUCCCCAGUGGUCACUUGGUCGGAUCCCGGCACCCCACAGGAGGCUGAUGACCAGAACCGCGCAGUCUCCACGGCCAGCCAGAACAGCGCCAUCAUCAAUGACCGGCUCCAGGAGCUGGUGAAACUCUUCAAGGAGCGGACGGAGAAGGUGAAGGAAAAGCUCAUCGACCCCGACGUCACCUCUGAUGAGGACAGUCCCAAGCCCUCCCCCGUGAAGAAAGCCCCUGAGCCAGCCCCAGCCGCGAAGCCUGCUGAGGUGGAGCAGGUGGAGGAGCACUACUGCGACAUGCUCUGCUGCAAGUUCAAGCGCCGGCCCUGGAAGAAGUACCAGUUCCCCCAGAGCAUCGACCCCCUGACCAACCUGAUGUACAUCCUAUGGCUGUUCUUCGUGGUGCUGGCCUGGAACUGGAACUGCUGGCUGAUUCCUGUGCGCUGGGCCUUUCCCUACCAGACGCCCGGCAACAUCCACCUGUGGCUGCUGAUGGAUUACCUGUGCGACCUCAUCUACCUCCUGGACAUCACCGUCUUCCAGAUCCGCCUACAGUUCGUCAGAGGCGGGGACAUCAUUACAGACAAGAAGGAGAUGCGAAAUAACUACCUGAAGUCUCACCGAUUUAAGAUGGACAUGUUCUGCCUCCUGCCCUUGGACUUCCUCUACUUGAAAUUCGGCGUGAACCCCCUCCUCCGCCUGCCCCGCUGUUUAAAGUACAUGGCCUUCUUCGAGUUUAACAACCGCUUGGAAGCCAUCCUCAGCAAAGCCUACGUUUACAGGGUCAUCAGGACCACAGCCUACCUGCUGUACAGCUUGCACCUGAACUCGUGUCUUUAUUACUGGGCCUCGGCCUUUCAGGGCAUCGGCUCUACUCACUGGGUUUACGAUGGCGUGGGAAACAGUUACAUCCGCUGCUACUACUGGGCAGUGAAGACCCUCAUCACCAUCGGGGGGCUGCCUGACCCCCAGACGCUCUUUGAAAUUGUCUUCCAGCUGCUGAACUAUUUCACGGGUGUCUUCGCUUUCUCUGUGAUGAUUGGACAGAUGAGAGAUGUGGUAGGGGCGGCCACCGCGGGACAGACCUACUACCGCAGCUGCAUGGACAGCACAGUGAAGUACAUGAACUUCUACAGGAUCCCGAAGUCUGUGCAGAACCGCGUCAAGACCUGGUACGAGUACACCUGGCACUCGCAAGGCAUGCUGGAUGAGUCAGAGCUGAUGGUGCAGCUUCCAGACAAGAUGAGGCUGGACCUCGCCAUCGACGUGAACUAUGACAUCGUCAGCAAAGUGGCACUCUUCCAGGGCUGUGACCGGCAGAUGAUCUUCGACAUGCUGAAGCGCCUGCGCUCCGUGGUCUACCUGCCCAACGACUAUGUGUGCAAGAAGGGGGAGAUUGGCCGUGAGAUGUACAUCAUCCAGGCGGGCCAGGUGCAGGUCCUGGGCGGCCCUGACGGCAAGGCGGUGCUGGUGACCCUGAAAGCCGGAUCCGUGUUCGGAGAGAUCAGCCUGCUGGCCGUCGGGGGCGGGAACCGGCGCACCGCCAACGUGGUGGCUCACGGGUUCACCAACCUCUUCAUUCUGGAUAAAAAGGACUUGAACGAAAUUUUGGUGCAUUAUCCUGAGUCUCAGAAGUUGCUCCGGAAGAAGGCCAGGCGCAUGCUGAGAAGCAACAACAAGCCCAAGGAGCCGAAGAGCGUGCUCAUCCUGCCGCCGCGGGCCGGCACCCCCAAGCUCUUCAACGCGGCCCUGGCUGUGACAGGCAAGAUGGGCAAGGGGGGCAAAGGCGGCAAGCUCGCCCACCUGCGGGCCCGGCUCAAGGAACUGGCCGCGCUGGAGGCAGCUGCCAGGCAGCAGCAGUUGCUGGAGCAGGCAAAGAGUGCACAAGAGGCUGCAGGGGAGGCCGCCCCGGACCAGCCCACGGCCCCCUCUGGGGCUGCCCCGGACCAGCCUGCGCCCCAGGACCCCCAGGAACCCCCGGGUCCGCCGGCCCCGAGCUCCCCGCCGCCGGCCUCCGCAGAGGAGCCCGAGGGCAGCGGAGAGGAGCCGUCUGGCACGGAGGGGCCCUCGAUGCGCAUCCUCGUGAGCCCAGGCCCGGAGCCCGGCGAGCAGACGCUGUCUGUGGAGCAGACCCUGCCAGAGGAGAAGGAGGCAGCGGCGGAGUGAGGCCCAGCCUGGCUCCGCCCAGGGCGCCUGCUGGCGGGCUUGGCGUUGAGAUCAACGCUUUCCCCCCAGUGUCAGCGUCCCCAAGCUCCCCACCUCCCUGGAGGACCCCAGCUCCCCCGGACGGUUGCUGUUCUUAAGAACGAAAUCACUUUCCACUUUGGAAGUUCCUAGGCAGCGGACAGGCAGGGGGUCCCGACGGCACGGAAAGCUCUGUGGCCGGAGCCGCGGGUCGGACGGCCCGCGAGGGCGUCCUGCAGGAGUCUCCCCGCUGCGAGAACGGGAACUGGUUCUGCAGCAGAUGGCUGCGAUGCGGAGACAGCCCUGCCUCAGCGUGCCGUCCCUGGCUGGCAGUCGCUGGCUCCGAGGGUGGUCAGCGCUUACUUCCGCAGUCUCCUUUCAGCCCCGUCCCGCAUCAUCGUCUCAGGACAGUUAGGACGGAAAUGGCUGUCCAGCAAGGGGCCGUAGCUGUCCGAGGCAACGGGACAGCCCCGUAGAAGUGUCUCUGGCUUGUCACCUUGAAAAGGCCCCUGUAUUGCCAGCAGGGAUUGGGCUGUCGCUUGCUUUUGACAACCUUGCUAGAGAAACAGCUUCGAUUAAUCCUGGAAGGUGGAAUUUCACAAAUGUGACACCACUUAGUUUGUACCAGAAAUCGAACUCCUGUCCUCACAGUUGCCAGGCAAGGACGGCACCACUGAGCUAUAUCCCCAGCCCUGGAUGUGACACGGCUUAAACUCCCUAAAGUCUCUCCAGACGAUGUUUUUAUGAUUAGAAGGAGGGGGGUAAAAAGCAUCAUCCAGCCCAUGAAUGUAUAUUGAGAGGGUUUCAUUUGCAUACCGGAUGGCUCUUAGGGGAGGGGAUGAUUAAAGGUGAAAACUAAUAUUGAGACAUUUGUUUCCACCCAGCAAGGAGCCCAGAGGGCCUGGAGUUCCACAAGGGCCUGCCCUUAUUGCAUAAAAUUACAGGAGCAUGGCGAGCUGCUGCAGUGACAUUUGAGGGCCUGCAGCUGUGUGUAUUUGCCCAUCAAUUUAAAACAACGUUCAUUUUCAGGGUGAAAAAAAAUUAAACAAUUUGGGAGUUCGCAAGCUGGUCUAAGCAACUCUGAAUCCCAGAGUGAUGAACGGCUUUGUUUAGUUGAUGCCAGGUCACUUGGUCUGGGGGACUGAGUGUAA